UACAGUUUGAUCUGAGCCUCAGUGCCCUACCAUCAUGCCAGAUUUUACCCUUUUCUGUCUUAAAGUCCUUACAGUCCUUGCUACUGGUGUUAGGAUUACAGCACUGCCAAAUUGGGGGGCUGGUGUCUCACCUUCAGCUGCUUCUCAGUAAAGCCACAUGACCAGGAGGAAUUUUUAGUGACUCUUUCCCUGCUGCUGUGCUCAGAGGCGGAAGUGAAGGGCAUCUGAAAGCGUGAGAAGGGGUGUCUGGACAAGGUGCUGAGGAUGGCAGACAGCUCUGAUCUCUGGAUUGGCAGCGCUUAUCUAUUCCUCCAGUCGACAUCUGAGAAGAUUGUCCUGCCCUCUCUUUAUGGAAGCUCCCACCAGAAAUCUAGCGUGUUCAAGGCCCUCAAAUUGGCUUUAGCAGAUUCCACAGGCAGCCUGCAUGGCGUCGACAUGCUCAAAGUGCACUGCAGUGAGCCGCACCUGAUUAUCCAGCUUAAAUUCUGCAUGCGAGAGAACUGCCGCAAAUUCCUUCGGAGCUACCGGGCCGGGUUGUUCCGGGAGUCUCUCCAGAAUCACCUCCAAGUCACCCUGUCAAUGACAGCCGUACCUGUUCAAGUGGAGCUGAAGGCUGGCAGCGAGCAGCUGGACCGCAUGCUGAAUGAGGAGGAGCGCUGUUUGGACUGUAUCUACAAAGAAAAGCCCGACCGCCUGAGGGACGAGGAAAUUGCAGAGCUGGAGGAAUCUUUCAGGAGCCUGACUUGUCGACAGCAGAGCAACAACACGACCCCUUCAAACAACUGCAACUCUUUGAACUCCUCAUCUCUGUCUUAUUGUUCAGGGGGGAGCUCUCUGCCCCCAGGAGCCACCUUCAUCUUUCAGGAACAACAAUUUGCCGACAGAACACUCACGCCAGAUGACCAUCAAAAAUUUGCCAAGCUCGUGUCGAAGAAAUGGAAGCAGGUGGGUAGGUCUUUGCAGAAGAACUGCCGAGCCCUUCGGGAUCCUGUCAUUGACAACUUGGCCCACGAAUAUGACCGAGAGGGAUUGUAUGAGCAAGCAUACCAGCUCCUUCUCAAGUUUAUCCAGUCGGAGGGCAAGAGAGCCACGUUACAGAGGCUGAUUGCAGCCCUGGAGGAAAACAGUCUCAUAACCUUAGCAGAGGAACUCCUGGGCCUCCACCCUAGUGAAAACGACACGUCAUAGACCAGGAAUGGAGAAGCCAGUGGAACUUGGAUCUUGCCUGUUUCAGACAGUUUCCAAGACUCUUGCCGGCCUCCCAGGCAUGCCAAGCUCAGUUAACCACCAUGGUAUCCUGCUAGCGGAGAAUGCCCAAGGAAAAGCUGCUGUGCAUUUACAGAGUCAGCCUGGGUACUGAAUUACUACAGCACUGACACACUUCAUUGCCAGGAGACGGUGCUGUUUACGGGCUGGGGAGAGUGGCUUCCAACUGGCUCCCAGUCACUACCCCCUGGGGUGACAUGUUGCAAUGCAUCUACCAAUGCCACAGCCCAUGCCUACGGACCGUGCCAACAUGGGGAGUGUUAAAGAGCAACUGCGGUCUCAGGAAAGUCCUUUGGGAAACAUUCUACAGGUGCUUAGAAAUAAUUCUGCUCAUUGAAUAUAGUACACGCUUGGAGGAUACCCCUUUAUUCUUCACAAAUAAGGACAUUUCAUGAAAAUAGUAACUCCCCCGCUGAAAAGCUUGUCUGCUGUUUCCUUUCUCUUCCCACCUGCAGGCGUCUUCGUUACUCUAAGAAAGUUUCAAUUCUCCAUGCAGCAAACAGCUGCAAUGGAACAAACUGCAGGUGGUAAAUAAGCAGGAAGAGCAGGCGAACUCUUCUUAAAGUUGUAUUGCGACAUCAAAACCAAUGCAAGCCCCUACCCACGUGCUGAGUGAUGCCGCCAAGUAGGCUGCAAGGUCCAUUCAUCGCAUCACCGGCUCUCUUUAAAAACUGCCCUUGGCUUGGCUAGAGAUGCCGCAGAAUGCAGCAGUCUGGGACAUCACAUACCAGGAGAGUCAGGACUUGCACGGCAUUUUUCUUGGGCAUGCUGAGAUUCUGAGACAGCCAGGAACCUGGGGUGCCCAGUUCACAUACUCCGGAUUUCAAGUGUCAAGUUUGGGAAAGUACAGAAAAAGAAGUAGGGUCAACUUCUGCUCUCACUUAGAUCAUGACAACCCCACUGGCUUCAGUAGGUGUGCCCAGGCUGUAACAAGAGCAGAGUUUGUGCCUUAGCCUAUAAGGAAAUACACAGCAACAUAUAACUGAUCAGGAAGAGCUCAGCCCUGAGAUUCAGAUGUAGGUUCAAAUCAGAGUUCACAGGAAUACCGCUCCCCACCUGCUAGAAUGAUACUAUGUUUGUCAGGGUGGCAGCCGAGUGCCUAGAACAGGGGGGUGGCCAACCUGAGCCUGAGAAGGAGCCAGAGUUUACCACUGUACAUUGCCAAAGAGCCACAGUAAUACGUCAGCAGCCCCCCCAUCAGCUCCCCCCACCCCGCUCCCAGCGUCUCCCACCCACCGGCAGCCCCACCAAUCAGUGCCUCCCCCUCCCUCCCGCACCUCCCGAUCAGCUGUUUUGUGGCGUGCAGGAGGCUCUGUGGGGGGAGGAGGGAGGGCACGGCAGGCUCAGUGGAGGGUGUGGGAAGGGACGGAGUUGGGGGCCUGUGGCAGAGCCAGGGGGGUGAGCAGUGAGCACCCCCCAGCCCAUUGGAAAGUUGGCGCCUGUAGCUCCAGCCCCGGAGUUGGUGCUAUACAAGGAGCCGCAUGUUAACUUCUGAAGAACCGCGUGUGGCUCCGGAGCCCCAGGUUGGACACCCAUGGCCUAGAACAAACUGCCUGACCAUUCAAUUGGAACCUGAGACAGUUUGCGUUUGGAUCCGAUUCCGAAUCCCCAAGGUCAUGAGUGUUCACAGGCAGGGUCUGUUAAUCCCAAAGGGGAUGUGUGAAGUAUAAAAUUUGGAUAUGGGAUUUUAGGGUACGAUGCUGCUCCCAUUAUUUUGUGAUUGGCUUCAAAGGGAGCAGGACUGGAACCUCUUUUUGGGCCCAUCUCCACUAAGACAGUCAGUAUUGCUGCCGGUCCCUGGCAGGAGAACUAAUGUUACAACAAGCCAUUUGAUGAAGGGCAUUUUAACUAGCACAAACUGGAAAUUCUUUUUUUAAUAUCUAUUUUGCAAUUGCAUUUUCCAGUAAUGGUUCUUAGAAUACAAGAUGAUAUACAUGCUGUCCUGUCACUGUUUAAUCUAACAUUCCUAAGCUAUUAGGCUGUAGUAUUACUUAAGUGCAUGCACAGUUUUCUACUCAGAUCAGUGCGAGCCAUUCUGGGGAGAAAAACCUGCCAACACUCUGCAGUCAAAAAAUCUACCAUUCUAUUCCUCAGAGUCUACCUUAAGUCUGAUUUUUUUCAUUGCUCUUGCCAUUUUACGUCCGUGGAUGGAGCAUGCAUGAAUUUACCAUCCCUGUGCUUUUUAUUCCUCUGCCAGUGCUAGUCAUGUGUGUUCCCUCUUACUCUCACAUUUCCUCUCAAAAUUGCAUUAAGUGUUAGAGUUCUUGGCAGCGCAUACAGGAUAACAUCAUUUUUAAUAGCAUUCACAGGUGUCCUCUUUCAGAGAGGUGAAGUAAGAGGGUUUUCCAGUGGCAUGACAUAAUGGUGCUGUCAGGAGUAUGCACAGUGGGUUAGGAUCACUGGGAAUGGCGGUAUGUCCUAGCAUCUUUUCAUCAAUCAUUCCUUCUAGAAUCAGCUGACAUGCCCUAGAAAUGGUGAAUUCUGGCCCCAAACCAACACCUGCUUAACCUCCUAUCCCACAGCUCUGAUUAUAUGACUUUUAGUAUCAUCCGGCACUUUGAGCCAAAUUCAGACCUAGUGUCAGCAGGUGCAACUCUCAUGGAAGUCUCUAGGACAAAUUCAGCAUGUGAUGUAAUGGUACAGAGUAAGCUGCAUUAAUUUAGCAUUCAGUAGCGGUCCGGUUCUGAUCUCACCUCUGUUUUAUACCAGUGUGACUUCACUGAAGUCUGUGGACUUACUCCUGAUUUACACGGGUGUGCAAAAAGAGUGUAACUUACACAAUGAAGGGGAAGAGAAGGUGGCAGAAGGAAAAGAAAUGACCAGAAAUGUGUAGAAUACAAGAGUGGGCUGCUUUACCUCACCCUACAGUAUGAUGAGUGGAACUGGAGGACGAGGGUCCGGUUACAGGAGGGACCUAGUUUGGUGAGGCUCCAGGGGCUCAGUAAUAUAAGCGGGGGCCAGGCUGCUACUGCACACACACACUAGAUCCUCAGCAUGGAAGGGUGGCCUGUCAGCAAGGGUAGUUAAGUUCUGUUUCCUGUAACUCUGCUUGUCUGCCAUGUCACUUAUUGCUAAUGAGACACACAGCUUCCUGCAAGUUGUUUUUCCUGGUGAACUUCUUUCUUCUCCUUUGGUGUGUUAGGUACACACAUUUUUUGGCACACACUUAAAAUACCAAUUAGGCAUAAGUGGGAUGCUUCUUUACCACUUACACCAGUCAUCUAAUGCCCACUUGUGCGAUGUACUACACCAUAGUUGGCAUCACUACUUAAUUUUUCCCUGCACCUUGAUACUGGUCCUAUAUCUUAAUGGGAAUCUAUGACGAUGUACCUGCGGUUUCCUUCAAGGUCAAACAUGCUAUUAUUUUGAAUGCCACAGAAUGUAAUACAGAAAUAAAGACACUAAUCAGCUACACAACAACUAAAUAAAUGGACAAAAUAUUAAGCAAACAACAGAGAUGAGAGGCCAAAGUAAAUUCUCAGGGAAAACUCCAAUACAGAUUGUUUUUGUAGUGAUACAGAUUGUUUUUGUAGUGUUUGCAAUGUCUCAAAUUUGAAACAGGCUCUUUUCAGUCUGGCAGAGGGAAGAAGAGAUUGAUCCAAACUGGGCUUUAAAUGACUUGUUUUGGCAUAACUGAGCUAAAGUGUUUAUAUGGCUGUUAAAGAGGAGGAUGAAGUUUUAAAUGGCCACCAUGUCCACUUUGGCAUAAAAACGUAACUUUUAUAUGCAGUGUUGUUGAAGCCGUGUGGGUCCUACAAUAUUAGACAGACAAGGAGGGUGAGGUAAUAUCUUUUAUUGAUAUUACCUCACCCCCUUGUCUAACUAGAUUUAUGACUUAAGUGAAUCCAACUUUGUUUAAAGGUGUAACGAAAGAGAAUAUCAAUUGGGGAGACAAGGAGGAUGAGGUAAUAUCUUUUAUUGGACCUGCUGCUGAUGAAAGAGACAAGCUUUCAAGCUUACAGAGAUCUGAAGAGCUUAAUGUAAGCUCAAAAGAUUGUCUCUCUAGUAUCCUGGGACCUACACAGCUACAACACCACUGCAAAUAUCAAAUUGGUCAUCAGAGGUGUGAUUUUCAAAAAUCAGUGAGAGCUUGGCAUUCAGCACUGCUGAAAAAAAUCAUACCCUAGAUUAAUUCUUCCACUUGGAGGAGAACAGACACUACGGUGGGUGCUUUAGAAACCAUGGUAGAUGACAAAGAUACUCCGUUCCAGCCUCAGUCCGAGCCCAUGCCACGUACUCAUGAUGGACUGAUGUAUAAUCCAAGAGCUGUGAACAAUUCCAAGAAUAAUGAAAAGUUUUCAGUGUUGCCAGUCCCAAGUAUUCAGAAAUCAUGAGUCAGGACCCAGAAAUCAUGGGAUUUUAAAAAUAAUAAAUUUGGAGCUCUUUUUAUUUGACAUCUGGUAUGUGCAUUUUUGGGGGUUUACAUUUUCAACCUUAUCUCUGCAGUCAUGAGAGCUAGAAACUCAAGGUUUGGAGGUUGUGUUUCCCCCCUCCGCAGUGUAUGCUGAAAUUCUGGUAUAGUCAUAUGAUCCUGGGUCUGGGGCUUUAAGAAAAACACCAAAUAUGAGACUUGUGAUAAAAUUGAGAGAGUUGGCAACACUGAGUUUUAUAGCCAGGGAGUCAUAGAACCAUGUAAAAAUAAUACCGAAGUCAGAGGAAAACAUGGCUGAGAACAAGACACUUGCACAGUUACUGAGAGGUAGGUUUACAGUUGAGGGCUUAUUCAAACAAUCAAAAUCAGGAUGCGCAGAUUUUGAACUACCCAGAGCUGAGGCCCUGUUAGAAAGAGGUAAGGGGAUUAUCUCUUAGACAUUACCUGUGCCACUCACCUCAGAGCUGCCUCCCGCAUCAGUAUUUAGGUGACAGAAAUUGGAAGGGUCACCUUGAGAUUCCAUGGGUCUCCUUGCUAGGAUGGACUAGUCUCUCUCCAGCUUCAAAGGGGAGCCCAGAAUAUUUGAACCUCAAUCCCCACCCCCAUCAACACCCUCACACACAUUUCACUUAAAAUUUGAGUAAAAAAAUAGAUACCAUGAACGUGGCAAUGAAAAGCAUUUGAAUUCUCUCAAACCACUUGGAUUGGAAACUCUCUUAUAAAAAUGUGUCUUUGAAAGGAUUGUAAUGUUCUGUGCAUCAACCCACUAAGACAUUAGAAAGACACUGGAAAAGGAAAGAACAGGGUUUCUUCACCGUGAGCCAGGCCCUCAGAAGUUAUGACUUCAGUGGAGCUACUGCUUUAGGAUCUGGCCCUGUCUCUUUUGUUUAAAAAUGGGCCCAAAUUUUGGGCAAGUUGAGGUCUGGAGCCAAGCUUUGUUGGUUUUCCCUGUCUAUACUAAGGGCUAAACCAUGGUUGAGGUUUCCAAGCCAACUAGGUGAAUGAGUCACGCAACACAUAGUCAUUUCAAUAUGAGCUGCGUGGCUCAAUCCCCUCGUCAGGUUUGAAAAUCUCAAGCUGAAACUCCAGCUCUGGAUUCCCCGCAAGUUCAGCUCCAGAUCGAGAUUAACAGUUUGCAGCUCCAGCGCUGCGGGAUUUCAGCGCUGCAGCAUGUGCUCCCAACUUACAGCCUUUAACCUCAGUAGUAUUGUCUUUUAUAUCGGAAAUCAUUCUGUUCUAUUUUUUCUGACUUCUUCUAUAAAGAAACAUGUAUUUUUGGUGAAUAUUGAUUGCAUAUAUCAGAUAAUAUUUUUACAAUGUCUUUAGAAAAAGAAAUAAAUUAG